ACCUUUGAACUGUAAACAUGUGUCGUAUGCUGACGUCAUAUCAAUGUGCGCUCGCAUUGGCUGACUUGAAAGGUUCACCGGUAAAAAUGAAUUUCAUGUGAAGGAUGUAAUGUAACCACAGUACCAUGAAGGGCAAAAAGAAGUGUGAGUUUAAGGACAGCAAGAAAGUAUAUGUGGAGUAUGACAAGAGUACUGGUUUGUGCAUUUACUGUAACAAGGAUGAGGAAGAGGGAGUGGACUGCGGCAAGCUUUUGACGGACAAGGACAGACAGCUCUUUGUGCACAAGUACUGCCUGUUGUUUGCCAGUGGUCUGCCGCAGGCCGGAGCUGACACGGAAGGAAUUGAAGGCUUCCUUGUCCGGGACAUCCUGAAGGAAUUCAGGAGGGGCCGCAGGCUGAGCUGUUUUUAUUGCCAUAAGAAGACGGCCACCAUUGGUUGUUCGCUGUCACUUUGCAAGCGAAGCUUUCACUUCAACUGCGGAGUCAAGAAUGAAGCCCUGUUUUGCUUUUUCGAUGCUUUCUUGGCAUACUGCAGGGAUCAUCGGCCCCAGCAGGACGUCAAGGUUUCUGAGUCGGACCCGGCCACCGUCACCUGCCCCAUCUGCUUUGAGGAUGUAGAAGCCCAAGUCUCUUGUCAUACCCUGAAGACGCCGUGCUGCAACAAUACGUGGUUCCAUCGAAACUGCGUCCAGCGUCAAGCUCUGAGUGCUGGCUAUUUCUUCCGCUGUGCCAUCUGCAACAAUCAGGAGCAGUUUCAGAUCGAGAUGAAAAAGUUUGGCAUCUACAUUCCUGAACAUGAUGCAUCAUGGGAGAUGGACGACAACGCUUUUCAGGAGUUGUAUUGGCGGCAUGACAAGUGCGACUUUGACCCCUGCGUGUGCCCGAAAGGACGGCAGUUCAACAAAGCCUCAAGUAAGUGGGAGCUCGUGCUGUGCGACCUCUGUGGUUCCUCUGGAUGCCAUCUUGCCUGCGGAGGAUUGAGAAGUGUCAGUCAGGACUGGGCGUGUGCCAUGUGUAACGCCAUGAUGAGUAAUGCCACUGAAGUCAGCUGUCCAUCAUCGGCUUCCCCUCAGAAGUCCCCCUGCCCGGGCGGGGAUUCCCCUUCCAAGACUGGACAGACCACCAGGACGGCCAUGAAGUUGAUGGGCAAGCACCCACGCACUCCCCUCUCCUCCCACGCCUUCCGCAAGAAGACAGCCUCCUCGCCUUUCUCCUCUUUGAAGCUCCCCAAUUCCCCAGAUGAGAUCGCCAACUCGGCGCAGGAUUCCUUUGUUGGCUUCGGAGGCAACAGCAGAAAGAACAGCUUCGAAUCUUCAGAUCUGGUUGGCUCAUUCGAACACUGUCAGCCGUCGACGUCCAAGCAAGGCCUGGAAGAUGCAGACUACAAAAGGGGGAAGAAGAGGAAGUUGUCAUAUUCCAGCAAGGAGAACGAUCUGAACUACUCUUCCAAGUCGCCUGAAUACCUUGGCUUUAAAAAGCACUACACUUGGAAAACCCAGUCUGCUGAUCAGCACGCCUCAUCAUCAGGGUUGAUUUAUGGGCCACGUACCACUCUGCGGAUGAGCAUGCGUCCUAGAAAGAUUGCACUGUUACAGUGUUCCCCUGUUAACACGCCAAUAAACAGCAUCACCCAAACUCUGAAACAGUCCCCAAAGAAUGCUGAGAAAUUUCGCAGAACAGAAACCAUCUCAUCCCCUACAGCAGUAACAAGUUAUUCAGAAAACGUAUCUGCAGUUACUGAAGAAUUCAGCAGCAGUCAGAAGGUAUUGGCAACUGACAAGUCAAGAAAUGUGACCGUUUCACACUCCCCGGAUCAAGAGCUAUCAUCCUGUUCCUCGGGGGCCAUUGCUAAUGGAACGUCUGUAAACAAAUCCAUGCUUAGAUCUCUCAAAGAUUCUCUGGUCGCUUCACUCUCUCAGGCUGCUGACAGUGUUGGCCUAGAAACCAGGAACCUGACCAGCUUUUGGAAAAAGUCACCACAAAAUGCAACAGUCACGCGUCCUGUAGAGGACGAACCACUGUCGUGUUUAGCGGCAAAGCUGGCAAGUGCAGUUUCCAGCCAGAAGCCAGCAGUUCCAAGUGAAACUGGAAAUGUCACCAACCAGAGCAUCCAACAAGAAUAUGACAAGCCUGAUGAGAAAUUCAGUGGCAAUCAACAGUCGACCGAUGAUCCAGAUGUUCUCAAACCAACGUCGCCUACAAAAGAUAGUUGCAGUCCAAGUUUGGUUGGGGAGACUUCCAAAUCUGACACUGAGAAACUCUCUGCCAUGACCCAAGCCCUUGCUAAUGAUCACCUUCCAUCCUGUCUGCAAACGUACACGAGCGGACAUCUGGCGGAAACAGAUGCGGAAACAGCUUCACCCAGGGAAGAAGCAGACUAUAUCUCUCAUAACGGUACAGGACGGGCAGAUACUGAUAACAACGUGAAGCAAGCAUGGAGUGCAACAAACUCACCCGAGAAUACUAUGCCUCCCCCGGAUGAUACAUCAAAACGUAUUGCAGGAACAAGUGACAUCACCAAGGAUGCAUGCCCGAAUAAGGUGACAAGCACGGUUAAGAAAAGGAAAAGUUAUGUAUACAGGAACCGGUACGCGGUCUAUGGCGGGAAGUGGAGGAAACAAAAGAAGGCUAGGAGGAAACAACAGUCAGCUAGAUUGAAUGAUGAGGCAAAUUCACCGCUGCUUGCAGUGCGUACCAACAAUCCGAGAAUGGGUAAGGAAAAGGAGAAUGGCACCGCUAGUUUACCAUCAGCCGAGGUCGAAGUCCAAACUCCCUUUAAAUCUCCAUCAUAUCCUCAAAAUAACUCCAUUUCUGAAAAGUCUCCUGGGAACAUCAGUGGAUGUUCAAUGACUCUCUUCGCUCUCUUUGAUAAUACAGAGUGUGUAUCUGCAUCACCAUCGGGACCUGAAAAUGUCAUCAAGCCUCAUGUAGGGGCAGAACUCCAAGACGAUGUGCUCGGACCAAGUGCGGACACCACACCAUGCCCAUCACCUCAUUCGUUAAGGUUUUGUGAGACUUUACCUCAACAGUGGUCACCCUGUGGGCUACCUCCACACUACCCUUCUCCUGGAUAUCAUCCAAGCCCGGAUCACAGGGUCUCGUCCCCAUCAGGCUUGCCUCCCGAUCACCAUGAAAACUCUUCUCAACAAUCAGAGGACCCUGUUGGAGACAAAACCAACUUGACCAGGCCUCAGUCAACUGAGACACUGAUCAAGGGCCAAGUAAAGGCGGAGAGUGUUGAUCCAUCUCCCAAAAAGUCCAGGCACAGUAAUGACAUCAAAGAGUGGAAGCCUGAGUUGCUUCCAACCCCCUUGCUUCAAGAUGAGAAGAUUUCAACCUCUCAAAAUGUGGAAUCCAUGCCGAGGGCAUCCACACCUGUAUUGCUUCCCGAAUCUGUAAAACUUGAAGAUGACCAAAUUCACUCAGAAAGCACACAAGAAUCAAACUACAAAACAUGUGAUUCUCAAUCAGACUUGCAACAGUUACUAAAAGAAGAUACCCCUUGCCAGGACGUCAAUGUUGAUUGUCAGGCUGACCAACCAAUGGGAAGGAAGGAAGCAGACAGAUCACAAAGACCCAAGAAACGGAAGGAUUCCAAAUUCACUCGUGCUUAUCCGGUCAUCGGUACUAGAAGGUAUGCAACAUUAAUUACAAAAACGAGAUCUAAAAGACAAGCACCCGGAAAAUCUAAAAGAGCAGUUGGCUUAAAGUGUGUGCAGCGGCAGCGAAGAUUUUCAACAGGCACCUGUCGACCAAGGCUGAGCCAGAGCGGCAACAAAAAAGCAGAGAGUCAGUGCCGAGUGAGGCUUUCAACUGGAAUGCUUCUGAGGAGAAGAAUUUCCUCAAACAAAGAAUCUGUGCCCGGUCAGAAGACAGAAACUGCUGGUGGAGAACCAGCAUUUUCCGCCAUUACUAUGCGAGAAUCUUCAUGCAAGCAUCUCACUAACGACUGUAGGGCUGUAGAUGUUGGCAGCAGUGAGAGCAACACAGUCACGACACCAUCAAAGGAUUGUGAAGCGGUGGGAAACCAGUCUGUGAUUGGAAGGUCCAAGGAUUCACCUCGGGAUGAGAGCUGCUCUUCCCAGGACAGUGACCGUGGUGACUGGGGUCCUGAAAUUCACGGAGCAAGAAGGCAAUCAACAGGAAAGCUGUUAAGGAGGAAGUACAUAAGGAACCGUGUAGAAAACGCACAGGAUUCUGCCCCGGGUGCGGGAGGAAGGCGAACAGAAAGAGAAAGGCCAGGAUCUUUUGUCUCCGACUACCAAGCCCAGGAGACUGCACCAAGGCCUGAUCUCAUCCUAGGCGGAACUACAGAAGCCAACAUCACACAAAAUGAGCAAAUAUCCACACUGUCGGGGGAUGAAAGAGGCGGAGACAUAUCAAUGGAAGAACCAGCGAUCAAAAGUGAAAUCUCUUCAUCUGAUACUUCACCUGACAGUGGAAUCUCGCAGGGCUUCAAUUGUAGUCAAGAAGAGUCACCUCCUGGAAAACCAUCCUUGACACCCAUGGAGACCAGUGAAUCAGCCUUGGUAAAUUUGACAAACAGUGACUCAGUGGAAAAACACGAUCAACCAUUUGCUCUAACACAAUCAAGAGAGAGCUCCCCCAAUACACCUGGAUCAGAUACAAGCAAUCACAUGAUACCUGAGAGCAAGAACAACCCAACUGAAAUUGAUGCCAGUGACGAUGACGAUCUGCUUAUUGAGUCUGUGAAUUUUGAGCCAGUCAAAAACGACCCGGGCCCAGACAGCCCCAUUAUUGACAGUUCGCGAACUGCCAGCCCUGUUACCAGUGUCUGCAGUAGUUCUGACACCCCAAAAGACACAGAAAGUCACCCCCAAACUGUUGGUUCUGACUGUAACUGCUCUACAAGUGACAGUUCACAGAGUAGUGGCGAUUCAGUCCAAAAUCCAAACCCUCCAAUGAACUGGAUCGUCAUUCCGGCACCGCAAAUGCCUAGAACUCCACCCAUCAAACCAACACACAUGGAACCAUCUCUGACGUUCUGUGGUAGAAAUAGGGGUAGCAGCCCCAGACUUAGUGACGGCUCUACUAAACCCAUGUCCUGUCCAGGAAAGUGUCAAUCUGAAAGAGAGUCUGAGAUCUUAGAGAAGUCCCACAGGUCGUUGAGAAAAAGGGACAGCCAGAAACUCUGCUCCAAAGUUCGUGCUAACCUGUUCAAAGUCAGGGAGAAUCGUGGGAGACCUUUGAAGAGGCCAAGAAUGGAUAUUCCAACCAGACCAGUAUCGCCGCUGGUAUCAGGAAGUGAUGUAUCAGUUACAACUCGAAGCAAAACGAGGAUUUACAUGUCAAACUCGUCGAAAACCACGCCACAGAAAGAGAUGCUUGAGGUUGACUCUCCAAAGUCUCAAACGAGCUCCCCCUCAGGAGGUGCUAUUCGCAAAAAGCGUCUUGCAGACUGCCACUCUCCAACAAAGUCGACCUCACCAGGAUUGCUAACAUCAACAGGAGAAUCACCUCAAAGGCCGUGGCUACUCCGGUCGCAGAACAAAAAGGGUCAAACUGUUGUCUCUGUGGAGUCAGCCUUCCUCUUGCCUUCUUCAGCCAGUGACAAAUCUUGCACAAGUCACCCUGGAACUGUGACCGAGGAAAAACCAGAUUCUAGUCGUCAGUGGGAGGACGACAAAUCUGGUAAUGGGGGAGACAAAACAAAGGUUCACAUACCAAAUUCAUCCAAAGUCAGACCAUCCAGGAAGCCAACAGAAGGCAAGUCUCCAAAACCCCCAACAGGCUCAAUGCCACAAGAAAAUUGUUACCCUGAACCGGGUGGUGGGCCUCAUACAGGACCUGACUCAAGCUCUUCUCGCACCCCAAAGACGGAGUCUCAACGAGGUGCCACACCAAGGCCACUGCUGCUGCGCUCUUGCUCUAAAAAGGGAGUCAAAUCAUCGGCAGAGUCUACGUCUCCAUUAUGUUCACCGUUACCCUCCUCCCCGUGCAGCUCCAGUCCAAAGCAACCAAGAAUCUACCGUUCCCUUCCACCGAGAUCAACAUCAAACAAACAGUCUCCUCAAAAAGGCGAUGCUUCAUCAGCCUCCAUUCUUGAAAAAGAAAGCACAAAAUCCCCUCACAUCAAACCGGAGAGGAGCAGUCCAAAAUGUGUCGGCGCACCCUCACUUUCCCCAAUAUUCUUGCCAAAUUCGAGUGGUGGCUUAAAAAGCUCACCAAGGCCAACCAAGCUGCCAAGGCAGGAGGACUUAACUGUUAAGAAGGCUAAAGGUCGAGUCCAACUCUUUACAAGUUAAGGACAGCAUUGUAGAUUAUUGGAUAAUUUAAGAAAUAUUUGAUGAAGUGCCGAUGAUAUUGGCAUUUUUUACUUCUUUGUGUGAACUGGUGUUGCAGACAUGACAGUUUGUAGGGUUGGAUGUACAUGUAUACACAGGCAAAUCCACUGCUGAUGUAUGGUUUCUAGUUAACCGCAUCAGUUAAAAUUUUUGAUUGUGCCAUUUAGUUGUAGUUAUAAUGAUACUCAAUUUGAUAGAGGAUAUUGUUGUCUCUUUAGAUAUUUGUACUCAUAAGAUAAAAUGAGAAAAAGGUUUUUUUUUUGUAAAUUUUCAUUCAGAAUUCAUUUUAUCUGUGUGUAAUACCUGCAAGGCUUGUGCCAGUGGUGCAGACCAAGAAGUGUUUGGUAAAAACGUCUUUGACCUAUUCUGUGGAUCAUUGUUCAAACAUUAUCAGAGUAAAACUGGUUCUUCCAUUUCGACUUGUGUUUGAAAAGGAAGUACAUGUACUACAACAUGUAGUGUAUUAAUGUAUUAAUUUCACUUAAAAAAGGUACGAUGUAUUUCUUUGAAAUGGAAAAUUUUGACUGUACAUGUUUGAGCUCCAUGCCACAGUCACUGCAAAAGUGAAGAUGUAAGAUAUUGAUUUUGUUGUGCAGUGAAUGCUGGUAAUUUUAUAUGAGUCAUGCAGGUGAACUAAUUAUUUCACCAUUUCUAGUCCAUAAUUAGACUUCACUUAGCCAUUAGAAUGAUUUGCAAUGAGUUACAUUAACUAAAGUACAACAUUGACUAGCCCCAUGUAUUAGAAAAAUUAGGUAUUUGAAAUUGAGAUAUUUUAUAAACAAAAAAAAAUAUUGUUAAUGUACAUGCAGUUUUCAUUGUUUUACUUCUUUUUCAAUAAGUUUUUUCUGACUAAUUAAAAGGGGGAAUGUAUGUUGUA